GAAACUUUUUUAUUGUAUCGGGCCAAUAAGGCUCAGGCUCCUCCGUCGUCAUUUAGAGUUGCAGUGUGAGACAGACAGAACAAGACUGUUCUUCUGCUUUGCUCUAUUCGAAUUUCCUUCCGCAUAUUACAUAUACAAAUAAACGACGAUUACCCGCGUUGAGGCUUCCCUUUCAUUGAACUGGGAAAAGUUGUGAUUCGUGAAGCGGAUUUUAGAAUUUUUUUUAAAAAAUUUUGUGCCGUAAUUCUACUCCGAGUUUCUGAAGGAACCCUUCUUCUUAAUUCGUUGAUUUGUGUCCUUGCGUAGAUCAGGGAUCCGAUUUGAAGUCUCGUUGGGGAAUCAUAAUGGCGAAAAUCAAACCUCAAGCACUCCUACAACAGAGCAAGAAGAAGAAGGGGCCAAGCCGAUUCAGUAUUGCUACAAUUGCUGUCUAUGCCCUGAUUAUCGGAGUCAUGGCGUUUUUCCUGGUUGCGUCCUACAGGCACUGGGCCCGAAGGUCAAGAUUUCUGACUGAAGAUACAUUAGGAGGUGUAGAGCAUGAUGGAUCAUUUGUUGAUUCAAAGAAACUUGGUUUCCCUAAAUAUGCUGUGAUAAGUACCUCAAAAGGCUCAAUAACUGUGGAGCUUUACAAGGAAGGUUUGGCUGAUGUUGUCGAUGAAUUUGUUAAGUCAUGUCAGAAGGGACUCUUCAAAGGAAUGCUAUUUAACCGUGUGAUAAAAAAUUUUGUCAUUCAAGGAGGCGAUGUAAAUAAGCCUGGUAUUGCAGAAGAUUGGACUUCUAGGGGAAAGCAGUACAAUCAUUUAGAUACAAGCCUGAAGCAUGAAGCCUUUAUGUUGGGCACUUCCAAGACAAAGCUGGAUGGUGGGGGUUUUGAUAUUUUCAUCACAACAGCACCAAUUCCUGAUCUCAACGAGAAAAUUAAUGUAUUUGGUCGUGUUGUCAAGGGUGAAGAUGUUGUUCAGGAAAUUGAAGAAGUAGACACAGAUGACCAUUACCGGCCAAAGUCGCCCAUAGGCAUCAUGGAAGUGACCUUAAAACAAAAGCUGUAAUGGAGAAGACCAUCUAGCAUCUAGGACCAAAGCACCAUGUGGUUGAGUUUCUGUUUUGUAGCAUCAUCACUUGCAGAAUUUCUUAUUAUUCCUCUAAAAUAUUUUGCAGUUAUUCUGUAUUCAUGUCUCAUUCACAAGUGUCCAAUUAACUGAAAUUAUAUGAUUCUGUUUAAUUUUA